CCGUUAUUCUUUUUAUACAAAAUGUCUGAAGAUGAUUAUGAUUACCUUUUUAAAAUUGUUAUUAUCGGCGAUUCCAGUGUAGGAAAGUCUAAUUUGUUGUCACGUUUCACCAAUGAUGAGUUUAAUCUCGAGUCAAAGAGUACCAUUGGUGUCGAAUUUGCGACAAAGAAUAUAAAAAUAGGAGAUCAUGUCAUCAAGGCACAGAUUUGGGAUACAAGCGGACAGGAACGUUACAGGGCAAUCACUGGAGCUUACUAUCGUGGAGCAUUUGGAGCUUUGUUGGUUUAUGAUAUUACUCGACAAUCAUCUUUCCAAAACGUAGAACAUUGGUUGAAGGAGCUUCGCGAUCACUCUGAUGAAAAGAUAUCGUUAAUGCUUGUUGGAAAUAAGGUUGAUUUAGCAGAUACGUCUCGUGCUGUUAGCACAGAAGAAGCUACAGAAUACGCCACGGAUUCUGAAAUGAUGUUUUUUGAAACGUCUGCUUUAGAUGCCACCAAUGUAGAUUCUGCUUUUAAAACUGUAUUUGAACGUAUUUAUGAGAAGAUGCCUAAAUCUGUUGCUCAAAAAUCGGAGGGUAGUAAUGUAAAUAUCCCAGGUCAAAAUACCAUUAAACUUACACCCCCUUCUGCAAAUACAACCGCUUCAACUCCAAGAGGCAUGCCUGAAGAAAAACCAAGUGGAGGUUGCUGUUAAAAAAAUCGUAGUUUAAAUAAAAUGAAAUAAAUUGAUAUACGAGUUUUUUUUUUUUUUUU